UGAUAGAAAAAAAACAACAAAUCAGAUCAAUCAUUCACAUAUAGAGCCAAAAUCAAAAUUAAAGAACUCUUUUUUUUUUUUUUUUUGUGUGUGUGUGUUUUUUUUAAAAUUUUGUUUUUCUCUUACAUAAGGAAAAAUGGAAGCUGAGAGUUAUGAGAGGUUGUAAGGACACAAAAUGGUUUGUGAAGCAAAAUCCAAAGUGGUGAUUCCCACAAUAGAUUUGUCAAAAUUAGAGGUAGGCACAAAAGAAUGGGGUUUGGCAUGCAAAGAGAUGAGAUUUGGUUUAGAAGAAUUUGGUUGUUUUUCAGUGGUUUAUGACAAAGUUUCUUUGGAGCUUCAUAACUCCAUUGUUGAAGCAACAAAAGAGCUUUUUCAUCUCCCAAUUGAAACAAGAAUGAAGAACACAAGUGAAAAGCCUUACCAUGGCUAUUUUGGUGGAUACUCAUUUCUUCCUCUCUAUGAAUCCAUGGCUAUUGAUAAUCCAAUUCAGCUAAAAUCAACUCAGAGUUUUGCCAAUCUCAUGUGGCCUACUAGAGAUAACAAUCACUUCUGUGUAACUGUUGAACGUUUCUCAACAUUGGUGGCGAAAUUGGAGAAGAUGGUAACAAAAAUGGUGUUGGAAAGCUAUGGAGUAUCAAAGGUUGUGAAUGAACCAAUAAUGGAGUCCACAAAUUACCUUCUUCGGCUCUUCAAAUACAGAGUAGCUGAGAAAGAUGAAACCGAUGUUGGUUUGCAUUCCCAUACAGAUCUAACUUUCUUUUCCAUAAUUCAUCAGCAUCUCAUUUCUGGUCUUCAAAUUCAAUCACUUAAUGAUGAUCAAUGGCUCGAUGUUCACCCCUCAUCCCAUUGCUCCUUCAUUGUCAUGGCUGGCGAUGCACUCAUGGCAUGGAGCAACGAGAGAAUAAGGUCUUGUAGACAUAGAGUGAUAAUGAGAGGAGAGGAAACAAGAUACUCAAUUGGGAUGUUUUCAUUCAAGAAUGGGACAAUUGAAGUACCUCAAGGGUUUGUGGACGAUGCCAACCCACUACGUUACAAGCCAUUUAAUCACUAUGACUUCCUUACUUAUGACAAAGCUAAUGCUUCUCAUAAUACUAUCUCUCGUAUCAAAGAUUAUUGUGGCCUACUUUGAAUUCAAUAACAAACCCUUCCUCAUCCACUCAACAAUCCUAUAUUUGAUCUUUCACAAUAAUACUCCCUCAAUGUUUAUUAUUAACGUAUUGUAAAUAAUGUUCCAUUUUUC